GCCCCCGCCCCCACAUCCCAGCAGGCCCUGCACUGCCACGGUAAGACCUCCACCACCUCUUAUUCACCUCCACCACUACCUCCUCUUCACCUCCAUCACCUACUCUUCACCUCCUCAGCUCUCUGCAUCUCUGUUGUGACUCGGUGUUGUAGUGUUGUUGCCCGUCCACAGCGCCCCCUGCAGUCAUGUGUGAUGACGAGGAGAGCACCGCUCUGGUCUGUGAUAACGGCUCCGGUCUUUGUAAGGCCGGAUUCGCUGGAGACGACGCCCCCAGAGCCGUCUUCCCCUCCAUCGUGGGCCGGCCCCGGCACCAGGGAGUGAUGGUGGGCAUGGGGCAGAAGGACAGCUACGUGGGUGACGAGGCUCAGAGUAAGAGAGGAAUCCUGACUCUGAAGUACCCCAUCGAACAUGGCAUCAUCACCAACUGGGAUGACAUGGAGAAGAUCUGGCACCACUCGUUCUACAAUGAGCUGCGAGUGGCUCCAGAAGAACAUCCCACCCUGCUGACCGAGGCGCCACUCAACCCCAAAGCUAACAGGGAGAAGAUGACGCAGAUCAUGUUCGAGACCUUCAAUGUUCCCGCCAUGUACGUAGCCAUCCAGGCCGUCCUGUCACUGUACGCCUCGGGACGUACCACAGGUAUUGUCCUGGACUCAGGUGAUGGUGUCACCCACAAUGUGCCGAUAUAUGAGGGCUACGCUCUGCCUCACGCCAUCAUGAGGUUGGACCUGGCAGGACGCGACCUCACCGACUACCUCAUGAAGAUCCUGACCGAGCGAGGCUACAGCUUUGUCACCACAGCGGAGAGGGAGAUCGUGCGGGACAUCAAGGAGAAGCUAUGCUAUGUGGCUCUGGACUUUGAGAAUGAGAUGGGGACAGCGGCCACCUCGUCCUCGCUGGAGAAGAGCUACGAGCUUCCCGACGGGCAGGUCAUCACCAUUGGCAAUGAGAGGUUCCGCUGCCCUGAGACGCUCUUCCAGCCCUCCUUCAUUGGUAUGGAGUCGGCUGGUAUCCACGAGACCACCUACAACAGCAUCAUGAAGUGUGACAUCGACAUCCGUAAAGACCUGUACGCCAACAACGUGCUGUCUGGGGGAACUACCAUGUACCCGGGAAUCGCAGACCGCAUGCAGAAGGAGAUCACCGCUCUGGCUCCCAGCACCAUGAAGAUCAAGAUCAUUGCCCCCCCUGAGAGGAAGUACUCUGUGUGGAUCGGUGGCUCCAUCCUGGCCUCGCUCUCCACCUUCCAGCAGAUGUGGAUCAGCAAGCAGGAGUACGAUGAAGCCGGGCCCUCCAUCGUCCACCGCAAGUGCUUCUAAAGGCUGCGUCCGGGUCUUCAUGUCCCGCCCCCUUGCCUUCAGCACCAACUUUAUUUUAACCUGCACUGAGCACCCGCUAAGACCCCCAGAUCAGCUCCCAAAAACAGCCCCACAGAGACAGCAGGAAGUCAGAGAGCGCUCUAACGUCUUUAAAGUCAGAGGACAGUAAGUGAUGUGUUUGGUGCCUUCAGGUGUUUUUGGUGAACUGACCCUUUAAACAUUCAGAACUUCCAUCAGAAAGUCAAACAUCCUCCCUCUCCGCUCACCUUCAAACUGUGAAUGUGCCGCUUGUCCUCCAUCUGUAACCCCAGUCCCGCCACCCCCACAUUCCACCUGUGGCCCCGCCCCCUCUGACCUCCAUGUUGGUGCUGUUUCUUGUCAAAGUGCAUUUUUAUUUUUGAUGAAUAAAGCUUGAAUGUUGGCUGCUGGAGUCUUCUUCUAUCAAUCACAUUCACACAAUGUUCUGAUGUCACUACUGUUGAACUCUGGGUAGGUGUGCCCUCAGGUGGUGAUGUGAACAUGGAACUGGCAGUCAAAUGAAGACAAUAAAGCGCUCUCAUACCUAAA